GUGUGUGUCGUUCUUAUGGAUUUGGCGCCAAUUAAGAUUUACUCGUUUACCUCUUGUAUCUCACUACACACUAAAUUCUCUCUUUCAAAGCUCUGCGAUGGCGAAUUUAAAAUCAAUUUACAGAGAUCCAACGGUCCAAAAUCCAUCAAAUUUCACGAAUUCAGGAACUGCUGGAGUUUGUAUGAUGAAUAGCAAAUGGAAAGAUGAACAACAUCCAUCUUUCAUCAAUUUUAUCUCCUCCUUUCUUGCUGCCAAUUGCUUUCGCCUCAAUUUUGUUCCAAUUUCCCCUGACUGCAUUUUCAAUUGUGGGGGCUUGUCAGUGGCAUUCAUAUUUGUGACUAAAUGGGAUUGUGAGAAUUCCAUGCCAAUCUUUAACAGGGUUAAGAAACUAAAGUCGCAGUUUGCUAACCUUUAUGUUGUUGUAUCUCUUCCAACUAAGGAGAAGAAUGAUUCAUUUGUUCGCUCUUAUUUCAAGCAUGGAAUGGAGGUUGGCAGGCCAACUUUUGUGCCAGUUCAAGACUUAGAGAUGGGAUUUGAAAAGAUUGUGAAGAUAGCACUUUCUCGUGGGGCAUGCAAGAAGCAGGAUGUUAUGUCAAAGUUGAAGGCUGAGAGGAAGCAAGCUGUGCAAGGCAUGGACAUUUUCAUUAGAGCAAUCACAUCCAUACCAGGCAUAGAUAGUCAUGAUGCAAAUGCGCUCAUUCAAGCUAUUGGUUCAAUUGAAGCAAUUGCUAAGGCAUCCAAAGAGUUUAUUCUGGAGAACACAGAUCUUUCAGCUGAAAAGGCAGACAUUAUUGCAAAGUUUUUUAGGGAUCCACAGUUUUACCUUAGCCCAAAAAUAUAUUGAUAGAAAGAAACAGCAAUCGACUCGGUAAUUUUAUCGUAUGAUAAAAAUGUUGAGAUUGACGUCUCGAGCCAUCCUAACUCAUGGAGGAUGUAAUUGCUUUUAGAGCUCUUGCAGACUUUUGAACAAAGAGUCCACAGUCGAAGCUUUUCUUCAA